AACACCUGCUGAGGAGAUCUCUCUCUGUCUUCGCUCGGGGGAAGUCUGCGGCGCAGCUUCAUGAUGAUGGUGCCGAGAAUCGUCCACCGUUUUCUUCAGCUGUUAACCAUUUUUCUCCUCCUUCUGGGGAUCACGACCUGGUGCAACAGCAGUUUCGGAGUCACGCAAGAAAAGGGCAGGGAUCUCAGUCUCCGAAAAUCGACCGAUUUUACAAAGGGCGCGCCGGAGGCCCCCCCCGCAGGCGCCACCGUGCUCGUGCUCAGCUCCGUCGGCCGCAGCGGCUCCUCCUUCCUCGGCGAACUCAUCGCGCAACUUCCGAACACUUUUUAUAAUUUCGAGCCGCUGCACUACUACGAGAAGAGCACCAAGGAGGCGGUGACCCCCCGCCUAGCCUGGGACACCGUCAAGGCCCUCUCCAGCUGCCGGCUCAAGGAGGACUGGCUGAGGGCGACGGCGCGGAGGGGGCUCCUGCGCUCGGAGGCGGGGACGAUCUGCCAAACGGAGGACGCCGGCGAGGCUGCCCGAUGCGUCUCCGGCAGGACGCUUUAG